AUGGCUAUAAUGUUUGUUUUAAGCCAAUAUGUAGAGCUUUAUUUCAUCAGGAAUGACUUGGCCUUGGCUCUUAAAAACCUGUCUGUAACAAUGCUGAGCACUGUUUGUGUUGUUAAGGCCGGGACUUUCAUUAUUUGGCAAAAAUAUUGGAAGGAUCUUUUCAAUUAUGUCUCCAAACUAGAGAAACAUCAACUUUAUAAGCCAGACUGUCUCACUAAGAAUAUUAUUCGGAAAUACACGGAGUAUUCUAGAUUUGUCACAUAUUUUUACUGGACCCUUGUGACAGCUACUGUCUUUUCGCUUAUUUUAGCACCUUUGGCAUCUUAUUUGUCUUCGUUUCAAAAUAAAGAAUUGAAUGGUAGUGGGGCGUCUUCAUAUCCAGAAAUUAUGAGUUCUUGGGUACCAUUCGAUAAAACACAAGGCUGGGGGUAUAUGAUUUUGACUCUUAUUCAUGUUCUAAUAUGUUUUUAUGGAGGCGGUAUUGUCGCUAAUUACGAUUCGAAUGCUGUGGUCCUGAUGUGUUUUUUUGCUGGACAGCUAGAAAUAUUAAAAAUAAAUUGUGAGAGGCUCUUCGGGAACGGAGAAGAAACCGUAAGUUAUAGAGAGGCCAUCGACAGAAUAAGAAUAUGUCAUCAUCAUCAUAUUCUUCUUAUGAGGUAUUCAAAAGUUUUUAAUUCUUUGCUGUCUCCUGUGAUGUUUUUGUACAUCAUUAUUUGUUCUUUAAUGAUUUGCGCCAGUGCAGUGCAAUUGACAACAGAAGGCACUACAAGCAUGCAGCAGAUAUGGAUUGCAGAAUAUCUUAUAGCUCUUGUCGCUCAACUUUUCCUUUAUUGUUGGCAUAGUCAUAAAGUUCUGCAUAUGAGCUUGCAAGUAGACAGUGGAGUUUAUACAAGUGCAUGGUGGUCACAGGACGUAAGGAUACGCCGGAGUGUAUUACUACUAGGCGGACAGUUGAAAAAGAAAGUAAUGUUCACCGCCGGGCCCUUCACAGAUCUUAAUAUUGCUACCUUUGUAGCUAUAUUAAAAGGUUCCUACAGCUACUACACUUUAUUGAGCAAACGGGGCGAGUGA